AUGAAAGCCGCACAGCGGCGUCAUGCGGCCCUCGCAGCUCAGUGCCGCUCCAGCCUAUCGGCCACCGCGGGGGUUCCCGCACCGCCGCCCGCCAGCCACGCAUUUUCCCCACCCGUCCACCAGGUGAUACACACGAAUGCGUUCGGCAGCGCUCCCCGACGACUCACAAAAAAUCUGAUGCAGAUCGUCAACUACGCCAUGGGAGUGACAUUUGAAGAUAAAGUCUGGUUUCAGAUCAUAGAAGAUGAGAACAGAAGUCAGACAGAAAGCCAGACAUCAGAUGUGAUUGUGUACCAGCUCUUUGGUUUUGAAGGUAAAACUCUGCCCUUCUCUCUGACCAUCAUCGAUACUCCUGGAUAUGGAGACACUAGAGGGAUUGAACAUGAUGUCAUUGUCAGUGAAAGAUUAUUUGAAUUGUUUCGAUCAGAAAAUGGUAUUCACGAACUUCAUGCGGUGGGUCUGGUGGUGAAGUCGAGCGUGAAUCGUCUGAGUGACCGACUGCAGUACAUCUUUGAUACAGUGAUGUCUCAGUUUGGAAAAGACAUUGAGAAAAACAUUGUAGCUCUGGUCACUCACUCCAAUGGAAGAAGACCAAAGGACUUGCUUCAAGCUCUCAAUGCUGCCAAGAUUAAAUGUGCCAGAGAUGAGAAGGAGCAACCUGUUUACUUCCUUUUCAAUAACUGCCAACAUGAAGAACGAAUAGAGGAAGAGCAUCAUAAAAAUGCUGAUAAAAUAGCAAUGGGAGGUCUGAGUGGCUUUACUGCCUUUCUGGAAAAAACUGCACCCCGAAAACUAGACAUGACUUUAGAUGUUCUCAAUGAACGGAUCAGAUUGUCUGCCUGCAUCCAGAACCUGCAGGAAAGAAUCCGUCUGUCUGAGCUGAAAGAGGCAGAAACGAAACAGAUUAAAGAAGCUCUGGAGAUACAUGAAAAUAACAAAACUAAUGAGAAGGUCACUGUAGAAUUUGAUGAAGCCUACAAAGGCAAAGAAGCCAUCGAAGGAGACAUUUGGCUGAUGAUUUUAGUAAAAGGGGCAGUAUGUUGUACGAUCUGUGAGGAGAACUGUCACUAUCCUGGAUGUUCAAGCUCUAGAAAGCCCGAGGACUGUGAGGUGAUGAAAGAUGGCCGGUGCACUGUGUGUACUUUAAAGUGUCCUGCAUCUGCUCAUGUGAAAGGGAAGUGGAGAUAUGUUAACAAGACAAAAAGGGUUCAGAGAAGCCUGGAUGAGAUUAAAAGAAAAUCAAAACAAGAAAAAGGUUUGAAUUUUUUGGGUAAUCUUGAGGAAGACUUGAAAAAGCUGAAAGCAGAAAAGUCGCAGCUGCUGGAAGAAGCUCUCCAACAUAUUGACAAUUUGGGGCAGAUUGCUUUGAAAGUUAAUUCAGUGUCCACAUUUGUCCCAUAUGACUUUUUGAUUGAAAAGCUGGAUGAAAGAGGAGAAGCCAAUAAAAUUCGGAAACUGGAGGAGAUGAAAAACAAAGAGGAUGAAGGAACCAGAACAAUCGUUCUGUCUAUGUGGGGUAAAUUGAAAGCAGCUACCAAAAAAAUUCAAAAGGGCUUCAAGUAGCAAAUCUGGUAUCAGCUAAAUGGGAUCCUUAAAGAGUGCAUCUUUGAAUUAAUGCACUUGUUGCUUGGAUGAAUGCCCGGGAUCAAUUUCUCAUUUCAUAUCAAUUGUUUGUCAUGUAAGCUGUGUUACAUACUUUUAAAUAGACUUCAGUUUAAACACAUGCAGGCACAUAAAACACAGGUCUACACAUUCCUAAUGUUAAAUUCUCAGUGCAAUACCACAAGAAAAUAAAAAAUGCCAUGCCAUCAGAAUAACAAACCACUGUUGACAUGAGGUACCAGCCAAUGCAAAGCAAGGUCGGGUUUCAGAAUUGAUCAUUUUCCAAUUUCCUUCCAUUGAACUAAAUCUUACCCUGUUCAUAAACCAAACAAAAUGUUUAUGUUAACAACAUAAAUGUAUCUGUUUAAAAAUAUCAUUUUUGUUUCUCUCUAUUUAGGUUUCUAUUAAUACAAAAUAAGACAUCAAAUAAUUAAAAAAAAACCUUUAUGAAAAUCCAAAAUACUAAAAAAACAUCCCACUUGUCCUUACGCUGUAACUUCCUUAACAUGUUCAUUAUAGCACAUGAGCUUUAGCAAUGUAAUUACAUGACUGAUCUGCUUUCCAUACUCAAUUAUAUGUUCAGUGUCCUUGCAAUUUAUCAUAAUUUUGAUGACAAUUAACAAACAGCUGGAGAAGCACAGUUUUGUAUUCUUCUGGCUGAGUUUGAUGAUUAUAUUACAUAUGAUGUAAAUGUUCAUAUGAUUGUAUUGCCUCAUAACAUCAGCACCAUGAUAAUGGUUUUGAGUACAUGGACUGUUGUACUCUUCUUGACUUUCAACUGUUUGGUUACAAAAUACAUUAUGGUUUUUACUUAUAUUUAAUACAUCAAUUUCCUAAUAAACUAUUAUUCUUAGAGAUGCAUUGGAAUCAUAAGUCAUUAUUAGAUCUCUGUAUGUUUGACAUUAUGUUCCAAUUUUACUAUAUUUUCUUCUAUUUGUAAUCAUUUGAUGUAAAUUCUGUGAAACAUGAAUGAAAAUCUGAUUAAUAAAUUUCUGGGAAAAGCUUU